AUGACGGAGUUAGGAUAUCCCAGUGCUAAAGCGAAGCAUGUUUCUAAUGCGGUACCUGACGUACACCUGCAAGCUGAAAGCCGCUAUCCCGACGAAAAUAGGCCGAGAUCACCUGUCAACACUCCACGGCGAGGAACUUUGACUAGACCACACAAAAUGCUCCGAGAGGUGGUGGAAAGCAAAUUCCUUCUACGUCACAUACAAAAGCUUUCUCCAGUGCAUCACACCUAUGGACUGGAAGUAUUUCAUAGCGUAGUCAACAACUUUGCACCAAAAAGCACCCACAUCUAUUACCCUGCUAUGGUGGCAAGACUCAGUAUUGUUGGCCAACAUUUCAAUGAAAAUGGAAAGCCACACCAGGCAACUACUCUAGAUGGACAGCUUUGCUGGCGAGUAAGCUAUCCCAAAGGAAAAAAGGGAAAAACGGUUGUAGUGAAACUAAACAUAACAGCUGUCACCUAUUAUAUUGACAAUAUGAGGCAGCCAUUGAUGGAAAGGAGACGACUGUUUCCAAGCUACCAGGAAGCCGUUAGGGAAGCCAACAAAUUCCUUGGAUAUAAACCUCCAGCUGUGACUAGUUUUUUGCCAAAGGUUGACAAAAGAACACUGAUUUUACAGCGUCGGUCACGUUUUGCUAACGUCCAAAAUAAUGGAGCCCUUGACAACACAGUUAUCUUCGACAUAUCAUUCUGCUUAGACAUUUAG